AUGUCCUCCAUAAACGGCAUCAAAGUCCAAGCUCACUUGUAUGACCUUUCCCAAGGUAUGGCUCGACAGAUGAGCCCCAUGAUAUUAGGGAAACAAAUUGAGGGUAUUUGGCACACUGGAGUAGUGGUCUUCGGGUUGGAGUACUACUAUGGAGGAGGUAUCUGUGUCUCCCCUCCACCCGCUGUCCCUGGCAUGCCUUAUCGAACGAUCGAUCUCGGAGUUACUCACAAGACUAGGGAGGAGUUAAACACUUACUUGCGCUCAAUAUGGAAUAAAUACACCACAGAAACCUAUAGUCUUCUUACGAAUAAUUGUAACAAUUUCGCUGAUGAUAUUGCUAAGUUUUUACUCAACGGUCAAGGAUUGCCCUCAUACAUCGUGGACUUGCCUAAUGAGGCACUCUCGUCACCCAUGGGGGUUAUGCUUCGACCAAUGAUAGAAAACAUGGAAGCUCAGAUGAGACAAUCAAUAAACUCUACGAAUAGUGGCGGUUUGAACCCUUUUCAGAAUCAUGUAUCGAAUUUGCCAAAUACAGUAGCUGCGCCAGUGGUCUCCCAGUCUCCCGCGACCAGUAGCAGUGCUAAGCCCGGCUUAUCAAAAAUACCGGAAAAUUUGGAACCGAAAGCCCUUGAUUUCGUUCCGCAUCGUUUACCCAAGGAUACCCGGAUGCUGAACUUAGCUGUGGCGAAGCUCACCAAGCUUGGCAUCACUGAUGUGGAUUCGAUCAAUCGUGCAGUGACUGAGGGCGUAACUACUGAUGGGUCAACAGCGACUAUGAAUGUCAUUCUUGACACUACAGCACAAUACGAGCCGAAGAUCUUUUCGAAUUAUGUGCUAGCAGUAGGGGCACUUGUGAGGAACUGGCUCACAAUACCAGGAGCUGAGAAAGUAUCUCAUCUGAAUGCAUGGUUGAGGAAGAGUAGUGAAGCGUUCGAUGAUAUGGACAAUGCUGUUCGUGCUAUGCUGCUCACUGCCCUUAUGAAUAUCGAGAACCCCACUAAUCAACUAGACGAAGAGAUGAUGUCUAUUGCUCAGCACGCAGGUAACUAA